CAGCGACCACGUCGAAAAAUACAAUGCGGGCACGGCGGAAAAAUUGCGCGAGCAGGCGAGCAUUAGCAGAAAACUGCGAGCACAUCGAAAUUUCGGGGGACCAUUCUAUGCCUCCCUCUUUUUAACAGGGGCGGAGUUCCAGCGAACUGAGAGGGCCAGGGGGAGGGGCCCCUCUUCUUUCUGUUUUUAAUUCUUUUUAUAUUGUUAAAAGUGGUACACGUUUAAAUCGAUUGGUUGAUAAAUUCUCUCUAGCGUGGGAUAUAACGGAGAGAAGACUUAGAAGGAAGAAAUGAUAAACCAAUUGUCCGAGGAUCGAACGUCCUUAGAUAAAAUAAACGAGCGAAAAAAUAGACCAAACUUCCAGACAUACGCUGAAACGCCGUAUUGUAAUUGGCUCUAGGCUGGAGAUUUCGAAAUCAGCACCACUAUAUUGCUACCCUAGGUACGAGAGUCUCUAGCUUUGUUCGUUUACUAUGCACCCUUUUACUGACUCGCUUCGCGGCUCGUGUUGUCGGAGUUGAGCUUGAGCCUCUAGUACCGAGGGUACUGAUCUAGCGAACUGUGCAACACAAAGGAACCUGAGCUACCCGUGCAUUAAUUAGGAGGCAAUAGUCAGGAUCCCAGUCCUGUCAUGUCAUAUUCGGUUACGACUCGGAAUGUAAUUUGCAUAGACAGCGUAGUCCCACACCACCCUAGACCUCUAUCGACAGGUCGCAAACAUUGACAGUCCGCAUGUACUUCCCUUAGCCUUAGUUACGUCUAAGUUACGUCUCACACAACAGCUCACCAUUUGGAAGUUAGUGCGGAAACUGAGAGAAAGACAAGAAGGGUCUAGGGUGGUGCGGUAUGGUGUGCGUGGCUAAGCUGUCUACGCAAAUUACAUUCCAAGGAUGCCAUUUGACCAGCUGCUAUGCCCCGAUCAUCAACGGAAAUUGACGUUAAAAAAAUCAUUUCGCAGGAUUUCAGCCGAUUGCUUGAAAAGGCCAAUUCGGUGAUAGUCAGUGAUAGUCCAGUGUCAGUGUUGUCCUACUGAUUAAAAUCCGGGCAGAAAAUCUGGCUGAAGCUGAGGUAGUAAGAAUAAAGUUUCAAGCCUUGUCUCAUUAACAUACUUAUUAUCGACUCAAAAUCUAAAAUUGAGCUUCUUGGGAAGAAAAAAACACAACAAACGAAUAAAUUCACACCCCAACUAAGUUUAUUUCAUGAAUUAGAUCAUAAAGAUAUAACUCAUAGAUGUUUAUUUGCGUGAAUUCGUAUGCCCUUAGAAAUCAUUCACUGACGCGUGUGGGAAGCCGGGGGGCACCCUUGUGUGCUAGCUAGGGUACCCCAUGGCCACACCCCAGUAGGAUCACUCAACCACGGCAAACUUGACAGAAGACACUACGUGAUUCUUUGAAUUUCAGUGAAGUUAAUUUUUUAAAAAUGCUACCAGCUAAAAUACUUCUACUUUACAAAAUGACACUGCCUUUAUAAAACCUGGAAAUAUGAGCUUUUUCGUGCGUGUACUAUAAGUGCAAUGUUGAGCCAGGCUACCUUGGCCGCUGUCCAAAUGUAGACCGAGUGGGUGACAGUUGACUUGUAGAGGAGAGAGCGCACUAAUGGAUUAAAGAAAUGGAUGUACCAGUGCUAAGGUACCCCAAUAGGAUUUUUGUUGGUGGAGUAGCCUUCCAGACUACGGCAAUUGAACUCAGAGAACUGUUUGAGAGCUAUGGGGCGGUGAGAGAUGUGAAAAUUGCAAGAGAUGGAGAAGGAGUUAGCCGUGGGUAUGGAUUUGUGACGUUUUUUCGUGAUGACGAUGCGAAGAAAGUCUUCAAAUUGGGUACGGUUUUUUACAAAGGAAAAAGGCUUGUGAUUGGCGAAGCAUAUCGAAAACUGAGCUUUGGGCAUGUCCCUGAUUUGUAUUGUAGUUAUGGGGGGUAUGCCCAGGUAGAUUGGCCACCCAAGCAGAUUUUGCCACAAGCUCAACAAGCCUCACAUAUCCAACACAUGAUGGCACCACAACAUCAUCAACUGUGUCAUCUUCCAACACCACAAAUGUUUCUGCAACCACCACAGCUUCACCAACAUGUAGUAUCUCAGUCAUCACCCCAAUCAGAACAGCAUCCUGUCAUAUGGCAGGCUGUCUACAGGCCCUUGGGUCCACCAUGACUGAGGCUGUCCCCCUAAAGGCUCUGAAGGAGGACUACAAGAUUUUGCAGGAUUUUGUAGGAUUUUGCCAACAUAAAAUCGUCCUCGGGGACCCAUGGUAGCUUGGAGUUUAGAGUAGCGCUUGCCUCUGACCUCCGCCACGCCCUGGGUUCCCGAGGAUGAGAUUAAAUUAGCAUACAAAGAUAGUGGUCCAGGUUAUACCACAGUAGCAAGUGUUAUUGUAUUCAUACUUGGCAGUUUUAAUUUUGGAAAUUAGAAACACUUGUAAAUAAAUCAACCAAAUAUAAAGCAAAAUAUUUUAGAAAGAUAGUUUAUGGCUCAUAACAUGCUUGAGGACAGAUACCUUAAGGAGCAUUUGGCAAAUACUGCUAAGUUUCGAACAUGUAACUUCGUCAGUCUAGUUAGCAUGAUUUGAAGCUGCAUUAUAACCAGUUUACUUCUGGAGGGCGGACAGAAACCUCAAAAGAUAGAAGAAUCUAUUAGAAUCCGCGCUAAUAAACCAUAUGCUCUAAAUUAUCAGUUACAUCCUCGAAGAAACUUUCAUUAGACUCAAUGCUAUUAUAAUUUUAAUAUUUUUCGCAUUUUCCGUUAAAAAUCAUCGGAGAUUGUUAAGUAAUCGACCGGAAGUAAACUGGUGACAAUGCGGCUUUCAAGUUAGGCCUGUAACAGAAGGAGGGGGUGUUUGGUUUUAUCUCUCAAACUUAAAAAAAAAAAGAUUAGAGUACCACGGCGAUUUACCAAAA